AUGGCUAGCAAUAAUGGCAUGACAUAUCUAAAUUAUGUGUUUCCUCUUCUUAGUCAUUCGUCGCCAUCAGUGUUGUUUCCUGCUCUUCGUACCAUUGGGAAUAUUGUAACCGGUGAUGAUGGCCAGACUCAGACGGUUCUCGACCAUCAAGUGCUUCCUUGUCUCUUGAACCUCUUGACAAACACUUACAAGAAGAGUAUCAAGACGGAAGCUUGCCGAAUUAUCUCAAACAUCACAACUCGGAAUUCAAACCAGAUACAAGCAGUGAUUGAAGCAGGUAUAAUUCAGUCUCUUGUUUGGGUGUUUGAAACCGCAGAAUUCGAAGUAAAACAAGAAGCUGUUGUGGGGAUCGCAAAUGCUACAUUUAGAGGCACUCAUGAUCAAAUCAAGCUCAUGGUUAGCCGAGGCUGUAUAAAGCCGAUAUGCGAUCUUCUUACCUGCCCUGAUCCAAGAAUCAUAACGGUUUGCUUACAAGCGCUAGAGAACAUUCUCGCGGUUGGAGAAACAGAGAAGAACUUAGGUCAUACAGGAGACAAUAACCUCUACGCUUCAAUGAUAGAUGAAGCAGAAGGACUUGACAAGAUUGAGAAUCUUCAGAGUCAUCACAACAACGAAAUAUACCAAAAAGCCGCGAAAAUCCUCGAAACCUUUUGGACCGAAGACAAUAACGAAGAAGGCAACGAUGAUAAUCACGCUCCGCAAUCCGGUUUCCAGUUAGGAAGCCGUAAUGUUCAUCAAAUCCGUCCCACAUCAAACUAUGUGUAUUUCACUUAA